GAGCUUAAUAUUGUAAUGCCUAUUGCCUGGAAAAAGGUCUCAGCUCUGAAACCACAACCUAGAGGAGAGUGUGUGGAGAAGACGAGCACAACAGCCAGUGCAGAGACCAGCACUAGCCAUGGAAAGGGCUGCACAGCAAACCCUCCUUGCUUUACUCUGCUUAGCAAUAGCAUACUGCAUGGACGAAGAGAGCUGCGCAGAAGUAAAAAUAACAGGUCUCACUGGUGAUGAGAAGGUCACUGUUCUGCGAGGUUUCCCUGGAGCUCCUGGUGUCAUUGGUCCCAGAGGAGAACGUGGACUUUUAGGACACAAAGGAGAAAGAGGACCCCCUGGGCCUCCUGGCAUGAUGGGACCAAAAGGGAAGACAGGAGAGAAGGGUGACCCUGGUGAAAUGGGUCCAAGAGGAGACACCGGAAACCCUGGACCAAUUCCAAAUAUUAGUAAGAAGGAUGUGGAAGAGAUAUUGUGUGUCAAAGGAGCAAGGGACUGCAAGGAACUGCUAAUGAGAGGGGAAAUCCUAAGUGGUUGGUACACCAUCUAUCGAAACGCCUGUAUAGCCAUGGAAGUGUUUUGUGACAUGCAGACAGACCAGGGUGGCUGGAUUGUCUUCCAGAGACGGAAGGAUGGCUCAAUAAAUUUUUUUCAUGACUGGAAUAAAUACAAGAGAGGUUUUGGCAAUAAAAUGACUGAAUUCUGGUUGGGGAAUGACAAUAUUCACCUACUGACAUCAAAAGGUACCAAUCAACUUCGUAUUGACUUGCAAGGUUUUGAUAACAAGUUUACAUUUGCCAAAUAUGAAUCAUUUAAGAUUUUAGAUGCAUCUCAGAAUUACAAGCUGGUUCUUGGAAAAUUCUUAGAAGGAAAUGCAGGGGACUCACUGUCUUACCACAAUGGCAUGCCGUUCUCCACUAAAGAUAAACCCGCUGAUAAUAAAUGUACAAAAACCCACAAGGGAGCCUGGUGGUACAAGAGUUGCAUCGAAUCCAACCUGAAUGGGAUAUACCGGGGAACCAACAAGUCUUCUGUUGGAGAUGGAAUCAACUGGAAGACAGGGAUGGGGUUGGCUAUUUCCUACAAAAUUGCUGAAAUGAAAAUUAGGCCAGUUUAACUCACUGGGAAGCCAGGGUCCAGGGGUCAUGCUCUGCGCUUGUGUGAGUGCAGAUACUUAC